AUGGGCCAGCUGGAGAAGCUCUGGCGCCGAGGCAACUCGAGCUCCACCUGCUGCUCUCUCUUCGACCCUUCGUGUUCCUCUUCUUCUCUCCCGCCUUGCUCUUCCUCUUCCUUUUCUUCCUCCUCCUUUUCUUCCUCUUCGUCCUCGUCUUCGUGCUCCUCGUCUUCGUCCUCGUCUUCUUCGCUGCACCAGCACUCGCUUCACACGCAGUCUGUUUCGUCUCUCUGUGUUCCUCGAACGCCGACGCCGCCUGCCUCCUCUCGAACGCCGCCCUUCAAAUCUUCCAGGGACUAUCGCGGGCGUCCUCCGAUCGCGUCCAAGUCUGCGGUUCCUUCUGUCUGUGCCUCGCACGCACAGACGACACUUUCUUCAGACGGUGUGAAAGACAAGUCGGGCGUGUCUUCGAGAAACAGCCACGAGAAAACGUCGCGCAGAGUCGCGAGUGCUCCAGGAGGGAAGGGCGAGGCCCAGGAGUCUUCGUUGGGUGUACGCACACCGCCAAAGAGAGAAGACGACGCGCGGCAGUACAGUGCGCGGCAUCUGAAGGAGAAGCGAGAGGAAGAACGACUUCGGGGAGAUGGCGACGAACUCCUUCUCAAUCGCAAAUUCAUCGGCGAUCAAGGGUGCAAAGGCGUCACAGCUUCGCUCAUGAAAAAGACGAACUUUGUCCGAAUUGACCUCUCUGCAAACAACAUAACCUCGCAAGGCCUGGCUGCUCUCUUGCCAGGCUUCGCUGUCCAGCACGUCCUGAAACAUCUGGACCUAAACUGGAACAGUCUCGCCUCUCCAGGCAGCAUCGCCGAUUCGUCAGGAGCCGGAUCGACCUCGUCGUCCAGGUGUAUGUACACCCUACAGAGUUUCUGUGACUGGGUGUCGACUCACGGGCGCCUGCACACGCUGACCCUCGCUCACUGUCGCCUCGGAAAUGAAGGCGCUGCGUGCAUGACAGACGUUAUGACCCGGAACACGAGCCUCCUGACCGUCGAUUUAAGCCACAACGGCAUGGGAGCGGCCGCAUGCGCGCUGCUUGUGCAGGCGAUUGAGGCUUCAAAUCAAACUGUGCUGCACGUCGACCUCGGAGGGAACGGCGCCUCGUAUUCUUCCGUCGACGCUCUGGAGAGAGCCUGUGCGCGCAACCGCGUAAAUCGCCACGUCGUUUGCCUGCAACGCACCGGGGCGGAACUGCAUGCGCAGCGAGAAGAGCAGCUGAAGCUUCAGCAGUUGCAGAAAUACGUGCUUCAACUCGAGAAGGAAGUGACCAUUCGACAGGAGGAGUUCGGCAAAAUAGUCGAAGGCAUGCAUGCAGACGCAGCUGAGGCGUCGCGGCGACUGGCCGAGGCGCGGGAAGAAAUCCGCGAGUUGAAGGAAAACCUCAGAAGUGCAAACUUCGCGCUUGUGGCAGAGAAGAAGAAAGCGCUCGACACCUCGAAUCUGAAGAAAGAAAUCCAAGCCCUCCAGUUAGUCGUCUCCUCUCGAGAAAAGGAAGGAGCGGAACUGCGGUCGCAAGUGAACCAGCUGGAGACCGAGACGCACCUGCAGGCCGAAGAGCUGCAGAGACUGCGCGCGAAGAACCAGGAAGUCGCCGACGCCUCGCUCCUGACACAACAGAGUUUGGAUGACGCGAAUGUGGCAAACAAACAACUCGAAGCCUUUCUGCACCAGCGCGAGAGCCGCAUCGAGGGUUUGGCCCAAGAAGUCCAGCAGCUGCGGCGGGAGCUCGCCGCGGCUGAGAGCGCGACAGACCAGCAAAGCAAAAGUCUCCUCGCGCAGUGCCAAGCGACGCAGGACGAGAACCGGAAGUUGGAAGAAAAAAUCUACAAACUCGAGAGGGAGCGGCAACAACUCGAACAGCAGAAGACGCACCUGGCCUGGUCCCUGGAGAAAGAAGAACGCGAGAGAGAUAAACGGAGGCUGCAAGAAGAGGAAAAGCGAAAGGAAGAGAGACAAAUGCUCCAAGAACAAGCUGAAGAAUGGAAAAACAAACUGGAAUUGCAGAUGAAGAAGCAGGAAACACAGGAACAAGCGUGGCAAGAAGAAAGGAAGACUCUGUUGCAGCAACUGCGGGAUUGUCAGCAGGCGGCCUGCGCAGCGGAGGCUGAGGCAUCUGCUCUCAAAUUUCGCCAGCUCCAGAGAGAAGUUGAGGCGCAUGCGCUGGAGUCGGAACUUCGCCAAUUGAAAGAAGUGAUCGCUGCCAAAGAGGAGCAGCACAGUCGGCAACAGCAUGAAAGGGAGGCUUUUCUGCUGUCUCAGCGACGCAAAGAAGAAGAGUGGCGAGCGGCGGUGGCGACCAGCGAGGCAGCCGCGGCAGACGCGCGCAUGCACGCGGAGGCGGCAACUCAGGAAGCGAAGCACCUCGAAGAGGCCAUUCGCCAGCGCGAACUUCUGACUGGAACUCUCCAGGACCAGCUGCAACAGAGCAAAGGCGAGCUCGCGAAAACGCGAGAAGAGCGACAGAAACUUGAGCGGGAGCGCGCGGCGCUGGCCCGCGAGCUCAAGGAGACGCGAGAGAAGGGGAAGAAACUUGAGGAAAGUUUCCAGACAAAGUGCAAGGAAGCCUUUGAGGCUCUCCGCCUUUCGCUGAGCGCCGCAACCUCCGAUUUCUCAUCAAAAGGGGCUGAAGAGUAA